CGGUCCGGCUCUACUCCUGUUGUUUCGGUGUAGCUAUUUUUCGUUUUUUUUUCCUUUUAGGUCGCAGCAAAUACAGCUAGCAGCUAUAGCUAGCGAAUACUUUCAAAAUAUAACAGUCUAUAAACAGGAAUUAGCUGACAGUCCAUUAUGUCUUUUCCAAGAGCUCCUCUUAAAAGAUUUAACGAGUCAAUGGGUUGCGCUCCUCCACCGGGCACAUACGAGGUGAAAGCAGGCGAUGUAAAAGGUGCUGCUUCCUUCCACAAAGCCGAGCGGUUCAAGCCGCCCAAAGCUACUGCUGGUCAACCCUGUCCUGCAAAAGAUGUCCUGGCCUCGCCUGUGCGUCGGUCACUGUCUGUGGAUGGGCUGGUGGAACCGUCCAGCUUGAAGAAGGACAAAACCGCAAUUUCCGUGCAGACCAAGCAGCAGAAAUUACUGGAGAAAGAGAUCCGGUCCCUGCUGCAGCAGCGGGCGGAGCAGGACCGCAGGCUGCAGGCACUGGAGGAGGACCUGCGGAAGGCGGAGGCCAAGCUCCUGUCGGCCGUGCGCGAGAAGACCAGCCUCUCCGCCAGCGCGGCCUCGCUGGAGAGACAGCUGGGAGACCUGAGAAAGGCCAACGAGUUCCUCAAGACCAAGUUCUCCACUGAUGUUUCAAAGAAGAGGAUCAACUCUCUGUCUCUGGAGCUCAUGGAGGCCAAGAAUAAGCUCGACUCUAAAGACAAGGAGCUGACUUACCUGCGCAUCAGCACGGACGGCCAGGUGAAGGUGCUGCACACUGACCUGGAGGCCCAGAGAGCUACGCUGCAGGCCCUGAGGGAGCGCAACAGAGACCUGGAGGACCUCCACCAGGAAACGAAGAACCAGAACGAAGAGCUGGAGUCUGAAGUGGACAAACUGCAUGCUGUGAUCCAGGGCCUGAGGGAGGAGACCAAAGUCUUGCAGCUCUACCUGGACACGGCCACCGAUGAGAUCCAGGACUUGCGCUUGAAGGUGCGGGAGCAGGAGAAGAUGGACGUGCGUGUGUCAGAGUCUGUGGCUGAGCGGGGGGAGCUGCAGAAACGGCUAGAUCAGUGUACCCAGGAGCUGCUGGACUCCCGGAAUGCACUGGGGCAGAAGGAUCAGGAGCUAGCUCAACGUGACCAGGAGCUUCAGGACUCCCAGAAUGCACUGAAGCAGAUGGAGCAGGAGCUAGAGCAGCGUACCCAGGAGCUGCAGGAAUCCCAGAAUGCACUGGUGGAGAUGGAAAAGCAGCUGGAGCAGAGUGCUGAAGAGCUCCAGAAUUCCCAGGGUGCAUUGGGGCAGCAGGAGCAGGAGAUGGGCAGGCUGAGGGAGGUGCUGAGGAGGACGGAGGAGGAGUUGGACCAGCGAGUCGCUCUGCUUGGAGAGAGGUGUCUGUUUCUGGAGCAGGAGAGAGGUCGGACCCAGGAGGAGGGGUUGCGGAGGGUGCAGGAGCUGCAGGCGGAGGUGAGCGUGCUGGAGGAGAAGAGGAGGAGCGAGGAGGAGAAACAGCAGCAGCUGGAGGAGGAGUGCACACAGCAGGCAGAGCUGCUCACGCAGGAGAAGGAGCGGUCGAGCUCUCUGGCCUCCCGCCUGGAGCAGCUGCAGGGUGAGGCGGACACUGAGCGUAAGCAGCUGGAGGCGGAGCAUAAACAGCUGGAGGCGGAGUUAGAGGUGAAGCGGAAGCAGCUGGAGGCGGGGCUAGAAGAGGACCGGAAACAGCUGGAGGCGGAGAGGAAACAGCUGGAGGUGGAGCGUAAGCAGCUGGAGGCGGGGCUAGAAGAGAAGCGGAAACAGCUGGAGGCGGGGCUAGGGGUGGAGUGGAAACAGCUGGAGGCAGGGCUAGUGGCCGAACGGAAGCUGCUGGAGGCGGAGCUGGAGGAGGUGCUGGAUGAGCUGUCUGCGAUGGAGGCGCAGGAGCAGCUGAGUGAGGAGGCGCAGCAGCUGCUGCAGCAGGAGAACCAGCAGCUGCAGCAGGAGCUGAAGGACAUGCAGACCCUGCUGGACAGGAAGAAGACUGAGUUGAAGAGCUGGGAGGAGCGCCACCUGGUGGCCAUGAGGAAAUUACAGGAGGAGCACAGCAGCUCCCUGAGGAAGAUUGGAGACCUGAGUACAGAGCUGGAGAGCACAAGGAAGUCUCUGGGGGAGGAGCUGAGCCGGGUGGAGUCUGGCAGACGGGAGCUGGAGGAAGAGCUGAGGAAGACGAAGGAGCACCUGGAGGAAGAGCGUGUGCAGUGGCAGGAUGUCAGGAAGUCCCAGGACAAGGCCAAAGAGGAGUUUGCUCGGAUGCUGUUGGAGGUGCAGACCAAGCUGGCUCAGAAGGAGGCGGAGCUGAAGCAUACAGAGGAGGCGCACGCGGAGAAGGUGGGGCGGCUGGAGGAGCGGGUGGAGCAGGAGCGCAGGGAGAGGAGGCAGGAGGAGGCGCAGAGGGGAGCUCUACUGCAGGAGCAGGCUGCUGAGGCCCAGCUGCAGUCCCAGGUGGAGCGGCUGGAGCAGGAGGUGCUGGAGCUCCAGAAGCGCAUGCAGGAGGAACGGGAGGAGGCGGAGAGGAGGCUUGCGGAGGUGCUGGAGAAAAGCAUUCCUGCAGCAGACGAGGCGGUGGCCUGGAGAGGGCGCUACGAAGAGCUCUACGCCAAGGUGAAGCCCUUCCAGGAGCAGCUGGACGGCUUUGCGGCGGAGAGGAACGCCCUGCUGAACGAGAACGGUGCCACGCAGGAGGAGCUGAACCGAUUGGCCGACGCGUACGCCCGUCUCCUAGGACACCAGAACCAGAAGCAGAAGAUCAAACAUGUGGUGAAGCUGAAGGAGGAGAACAUCGGCCUCAAACAGGACGUGCUGAAGCUGAGGGCUCAGGUGGGGAAGCUGAAGAAGGAGGUGGAGCAGCUGAGCUCGCGGGACGCCCCGCGCAGGUUCGACCCGACCAAGGCCUUCAGACUGGAGAGCAAGGAGAACCAGCACCCGCCAACCCCGCUAACCCCGCUCACCCCGCUCAGACAGGGGAAACGGAACAUGGUCUGAACACUCCGCUCUCUGGAUGAAGUGCUCAUCUUCAGCCAGCAGUGAAGGCCAGUGGGGAGGGGGGGGGGGUUCAUUAGGCUGUGGCGAUUGUAACGUGUUCAGCCGUUUAUUCUGUGUUUACCUGUGUGUCUGUCCUGGGGGGUUCUCUGUUACCCCCGUUAGAGAUGAGUUUAAUACUCUGAAUCCUCUGGCCCUUAUUAGUCUUCCUUUUGAGGCCUAAAUCAUUUUUAUAUGACCUGUCCUGUCUCUGCUGAGAGACUCGGUGGAUUUUAGUUUUCAUGUUCGUGUGCUGCUCUGGCUCCUGUCCAUAGCCUCGGCCCCCUGUCCUGUAAAUAUUUACUCUGUCCCUGCACCCUGCACUGGUACUUGUGCUGUCCUGAAUGAAACUCUUUCUGCAAGAUUUUUAUAGUAUAGUAACAUUCAUUGCUUUUAUCUUUUGCAUUUAACCAGGGUGCGUGGUCAUUUGUAUGUUUUUAUUCUUGUGAAAGACUAAAAUUCAUGGCAGUUUUGAAAUAAAAUGAUUCACUACCAA